AGGGGAGCGGUCCUGCCCCGCAGCCCCCUCAGGGCUCCCGUGAGGCGAUGGCGACAGCCCCGCCGGAGAGGAUGAGAAGGAGGGAGGCGGGCGGGGAAGUUUCCGUGCGGGACAGCGGGGCGGGCUGACGCGGGGCAGCCGCUGCUGGGCUCUGGAGGGAGCCAGGAGGCACCUGAGAGCCGGCGGCAGGUGGAGGGGGAGCGGCUCGCCGGAGCCGGGGCGGGGAGAGGAGAGCGGGAGGGAGGGGACGCGGGCGGGGAGAGGAGGGGACGGGGCAGCCGCAGAGCAGGGAGAUGGCGACGGAGGUGGUGGAUCCUCAGCGCCGUCGCCUCGUCCCCCGCCUCGGGCACUGAGGCAGCCGCCCGGCUCGACCCACAGUCCCGGGGGGCUGCUGGGGGAAGCGGCCGUGCCCGGCAGCGGCUUGGUGAGAGUAUUCAAGGUAUAGCUGUGAAGAGUGCAUUUUCAGCUGCAGAACAAGGUUGGUGUGUUUAACAGGAAUGAGGCAAAAGAAGAGGUGAAAAAAAGUUACUUUCACCUUCUGCCACACAACUUUUCUCUCCAACAUUUGUUGGUUCAAGGUUCCCACACGAUUUCCUUUUUGCUCAGCUGGUGCAGUGACAGCUCCUUAUCCUGUUCCUGUCUGUUUUAAGAACUGCCUUCACUUGUGAUGUUACUGAGAAGAACGUGGGAAACGUUUGGACAUACCAUCACAGAUGUCUCGAGGUGGGCCAGUUCUUGAUUUUCUGACAGGUGAUUCUGUAAUGGACCAAUGAAAGCCAACGAUGACAAGUUGUGGUCAACAGCCCUUGAAUGUGCUAAUGGUUCUGCUUUCAUUGCUCUUGUCAGCAGUGUUGUCUGCACAUUUUCGGGUCUGCGAGCCAUAUACAGACUACAAAGGUCGCUACCACUUCGGUUUUCACUGCCCCCGUCUUUCUGACAAUAAAUCUUACAUCUUUUGCUGUCACCAUAACAACACAGUAUUUAAAUACUGCUGCAAUGAGACAGAAUUUCAGACUGUUAUGCAGAUGAACUUAACAGGGAAUGCAGAUGGAUAUAUGCAUAACAACUACAGUGCACUGUUAGGGGUGUGGAUCUAUGGCUUUUUUGUGGUGAUCUUGCUGGUACUGGACCUUUUAUAUUACUCUUCAAUGAACUAUGAUAUUUGCAAAUUUUACCUGGCACGGUGGGGAAUCCAGGGAAAGUGGAUGACUCAAGGACAGAGCCGAUGGAUUAACCCUGCUCAGGAUCCAAGCCAAGUACAGACACAGCCUCAGCCAGAGACACAGCCUCAAACUCAGCCUCAGCCACAGCCUCAAACGUCACAGACAGUACAUACUUUAAAAGGAGAUGCUUUAAGCCCACCUCUGAUGUCUUUUCAGAGUACAUCUGCCUGCAUGGAAACCAUCUGAGGGCUGUACAAAGGCCUGUGUGGUCUGAGUCCGGGUCCUGGUGGAUGUACCUUCCGCAGUCCAAGCACCGUCACAGACUCAGAAAAGAGGCCUGCAAGUGACUGAGCUUAAACCGCUGUGGCUUGCCUCAUGGUGCUCCCUCUGGGCCAUCACUGAGGUGCAUGAGCCAGCCCCUUCCACGCUGACUGGUCUGUGUAAGAACCUGCAGUCCAAUUAACCUGGGCAGGCUUUAACAGCUGGACAUCAAACAGCAACAAGCAGCAAGGAAUUCCUUACUGCUGCUCAACAAAGCAUGAGCCGGGGGGCAGUAAAAUGGAAUAUUCUAAGUUGAUGAAUCAAAAUCCAGACCACUGAAAAAAAUUGUUCUCACUACCACAGGAAUAUUAUUAGUUAAUAAUGGCUAAAAAAAGGUCAAGCUAGCAAGGAAGACUGCAUUAAGAGGAAGUUUGAGCAGGGGCAGCCUGGCAGAGCUUUCCAGACAUACCGUGGCUGCACUGUGUUCUAGCUGUGGGAGCAGAACUGAUGAUCAUCUCUCUGCCUUGUUCUGCUGAUCCUAAACCUCACACCCGUCACAGAUGCAUAUCAAAGGGCAUACUGUCUUCAAGGCUAACUUUUGCCUCUGUCAUCCCUGCCUGUCUGCACAACACAACACAGAGGCAAUGUCUGCACUGAGUAUGUUAAGCUACAGGAGUCACAGUUUCAGAAAUCUGCUGCUUGUUCAGGAUCAGGAAAGCUACCAGCCCAGCAGGGUGAGCCUGUGCUUUUUUCCUUUAUGCAGUUGGAAUGGGCUAGACAAAGGCAAGUCUAUUUUACUUCUCCUUAUUAGAUUUUGCAGUCUGCUUUCGCUGUGAAUUCCUCUGAGUCUUUCAGACACCAAAUAGAAUCGUUUGUAGCACACCACUACUCCAUGCCUCUUCAAGUGACUAUCAAAUCACUUAAAAAGAGGGGGAUAAAAACAAACUCUGCCAGUAUGUUUAAAGGCUAGCAAGUAGCUAAGCAUGUCCACAGUAGCUGUGCAAAAAAAAUAAAUAAUAAUAAUUAAAAAAAAAACCACAGACGUGGAAUAAAGACUGUGCUGGUGGGUGAACAUCUAUGUGAAAUAAUUCCGUCUGAUAAUACAUCUUGAAACAGAAUACGUGUUAUCACUGGAGCUAACAACCCACAUUUGGUAGGUGCUGUGCUUCAGCAAUUUCAAAGAGCUGCACAAACAAUCAUGCCAGUGUCACCUAGCUUGGGACACUGGCUCUGAAGUGGGUCAGCUGUGCGGUGUGACCAUGGCCACCAUCCAGAAAAAGCAUUGUACAGCAGUGUGGCAGGGGGAUUCUGUGAAGAGACUGCUCUUGAUAGAAAAUAUUUACAGGAACAGAGUGAACAAAAUCUGCCCCAUUCAAGGCACUGUUUUUAUUUACAUCCCCUAGCUAGAUUGUUGAACUACACCCAAGACUAAGUAUGGCAAACCAAAGCACCAUAGUUUGUUUUAUGAGAGCUUUUAUGAGAAAACUACUUAAGAGUUAACAUCCUGGAGUAUCUAUCUAGUAAGAAACAUUAAGUGUAUCAGACAACAUCUACAAUUACACAUGCACUUACAUUCCCUUCAAAAGACAUUAAUUUAGAAUAACAGAUAUUGUUAAAUAAUUUUCUUCUCAAUAAUCUUGCCUGUUUGCUAGGACCCGCAUAACUGUAAAAACAUAAGAAGCUUAAAAACUAAAACAAAACUAGGGAACUCACUCUCUGCUCCUGGAAGAGCCAGAUCACGAAACUGGUUUUGCAUUGCGUAUCCCUUCUCUUGCCUGGACUCCUACGUGAUGUCAGGGCAGGAGACCAGCAAAACGGGUGGGAGACUUGGAAGCAAGCAUCUCAAAUUCCUUAAUGCUCCAAUUCUUGUUUACUUGCCACCACACUAUAAUUAUGCAACUAAAUGGAAAGGUUUUAUUUUGAAUUUCAUAAUUUUCAUUUAAACAAUUCAAGAUACAUAAAUGAGUGCUUUCUUUGUUGUUUUUAGAAAUUCACUACUGACAUGAAGACAAUAUGCAAGGCUUCUGCCCACUUCAGUCUGAAUCCCAGCAAUCCUUCUAUAUGUUGAUAGACACUGCUACAUAAAUAAUACAUACGGUUCAUUUCAUGCCUAUUCUCUUUUUGCUUUUGUUCUGUAAGUUAUAGACCCAAUAAUGCAACAUUUAUUUCUUCACAUUUGUGUAAACUGCAGAUUCAUUGGAUAUGAGAUGAUCGAUAUUCCCUAUGUAGUUAUUUCUCAGCCUGUCCAUCAAUCUGCGACUGUCAUAUUCAUCAACUUUAUGAAAGUCUUUCCUUUAAAUGGACUGUACAGUUAAAGUGAUUUAACUAUCUUAAAUAUGGUAAUGAAUUGUCAGAAAACAGCAAUUAGUAGAAAAGUGAGUAGUUAAAUGGAUAUCUGAAAGUUAUUGAUAAAUGAACUCUGCAUGCUGAGAGAUGAAAGCUAGUCAAAAUACUGGAAACCAGUUCUGAACAACUUCCAUAUUUAAAUUUUCUCGUAUAUUUUGAGUAGAUUUUCUUGCAGCCAGAUCCUUAGCUUAUCUAGAUAAUAACAAAUCAAGAGUGUAGCACUGCUGAAGUAGCAGAUAGCAGCAUGCAAUUCAUGUGAAAUCAGAAGAAAUCAAUUAAGACUGCAAUUUUACUGUAUAAUGUAACAACACUAUAGUGUCAUACACAGGAAUGAGUAUGACAUCACAAGUUUUAUCAACAAAACCCAUCAUCUCUCUCGCAGCAAACACCACUUAAUUUUAAAGACAAUUAGAGCUAUUUGGAUAGUUCUUUCUCCUACCCCUUACCUUCACCUUGGAGUCAGAUGCUCAACAGCACAUACACUUCUCAUACAUUUUAUAUAUGCACUGAGAAAUAAAAUGACUAGGUUAUUCUGAAGCUCCUCACAUAGAUUCUGAAGCAUCAGAAUCAGAGAAACUUUAAAGCAUCCCCAAGCACUUUUCAAAUAAGCUGAGUGCAACUGCUGAGCUUCAAGGAAAAGUACUCACAUAUAUAUAUUCAUGCAGCAGUCUGUCCAUUUCUCUUAAUAGCACUUUAAAGGUGUCCAGGCUGGGUGAUUUGAAAUUCAUAUCUGCAUAUCUGCAUAUCUGCAUUUAAAAAAUCCAAGUCAACUGCUCACAGUCACCCUUGAUUUAGAUCUGUAAAUACAAAUGUAGCUGCAAAUCAGCUUAGCUGCAUCUGACAUAUUGUUAAGAGCAGCUGUAUCUGGCAAACGCAAGAAGGAGAGAGUUGCUCCCAUACUUUUUAUUGAAUUAUGCAGCCUUAGCCGAGUUAAACUUUAACUGGCAGGGACCAAAAAUUAUUACUAAUAAAAUGCAAUUAAUUGCUUUCAGUUUUCUAGAAUCUAAAUAAGGCAGAUGGACAAGGAAGUGAGACGGAUAAUCAAUAGCUUCAGCCAAUGACUUUGCAGGUGGCAGAAGAGAUGAAAGGGAAAGUGGCAAGGAGCUGGCGUUACUGAUCCAAACAGGCAAGCCUUCCUGCAUUCAUGGAAAGCUGCAGCAGGAUUUCUGAGUAGGAAGUUUAGCAUAACUUACCAGAUUUCAGAACUGAAAGAAAAUAUAUCUUGAAAAAUUAAAGAAGGGGGGGGAAAAAGGAAAUGAUGGACAGAAUAUUGUCCAUCUUAAAUAGGCUACACCCCAGAAAGCUACUAAAAACCUGCAAAAUGACUAUGUACACUGUGUGUUUUUAACAGAAGUGAGAAUGAAGAAGAAGAAAGCAAAAAUCCAGUGGAAAUAAGAGCCUAUGAAUUAAAAUCCCAUUGCUGUCAGUGUCUGGGAAAGUCAACACCAGCAUAUAUUUUGGUUAUGAAGAAACAGAUAACUUACCUCCUAACUCAAGGAGGAACAAGCAGGUAGUACGGCUGAAGGUCACGUACAGACCAGUUCAUUAUUCUCAGUUACUACUAAACAACAGCUGUAUGUAAUAAUUCUUUUAUAGGGUUGCAGAAGAUCUGUUCAAGUAUGCUAACAUUUCUGCAUGAAAUAAUGGCACACUGCAGAAUUCCAAACAGUAAUCAUAAAAAGCUGAUGUGAUGAUGCUGAAUCUGUGACCGUAAAUGGUAACAAUGUCAGACAAUUAUUUGCAGUGACAGCUGAGGUCACGGAUCUCCCACAUCAUUACUUUGUUACUGUUCCCCGAUUAGAUCAUGAUGCAGCAAGCAAUUAGGCAUUUCAUCAGAAAAGUGAUAAAACAUGUUUGUAUGACCUUGGUUUUAUAAUGAUCUUUCACUGCGCAGUUCAAGAAAAGGCCAGAAAUUAGACACAGUCAGUUUGUUCAUCAUUAGGAAAGUAUCAGAUAUAUGGUUGUUUAAGUCUCAAAAGCAAAAUAGAUCAAAAAGCAUUGAAAUUUGGGGAACAUUAGAGUCAUUUUACUGUCCAUUAGGUCAGGAGAGAACACAUGCCAGUCAGGAAACCAUUUUCAAGAACAGAAAAUGUUUUGGAGAAGUUAUGUGACCAACAUUGUCAUAAAUAUAUGUACACAGGUAUCUAUAAACAUAAUUGUAAAGAAAA